AUGCGCGCACUGUCUAUCUGAUGACAUAACGUGAUAAAAUACCGGCGUGAGAGCCAGCUAGAGUGAGCCGAGGUUCCUCGAAGCCUUCUGUGGGUGUGGGUGGUGUUCUUACCUCGCAGCCAAAAAUCCAUAUUUCUCUGCGCCGGAGGCACGCAUGCGGCAGUGCAACGGAGCCGAAGGUGCCUGCCUGCCUGCCUGCCUGCCUACCGGCUUGAACAGUGCCAGAGUGCAGGCUGGUCCCGAUCCAACUCGGGGAGCGGAGUCCGUGUGUUCCUAGAGGCUGCUGACUGUGAGACAGCGGAGUUGGGCAGCUGGCUGAUCUGCGUCGCUGUAAACAACUGCGAGGGUACAAAUGACGCACCUGAAUUUACACUUGCGCGACUUUUGGACGGUCGACUAGACAUAUUUGAAGUGAGUGUUCAGUGACCGUCUGGCAUGACAUUUAGGCUACGCAUGCUGCUUUUUGCGCAGUAGACUGAGUAGCAUUAUAUGCUGUUUUAUGCUGGGUUUUUUUUUUUACAACUAUGCCUAUUGCCUUGUAAAACACUGUGACGUCUUCUCUUAUUCACUAUUGAAGUGAGUAGCCAAUUGCUUUCAUUAUCGCCACACACACCUCUAUUCUAUUUCAUUUUCAGGUGAGUCACAUUGGAAUGAACAAUCACUGCUGUCAACUUGGAUAGUUGCCUGCCUGUCCGUCCCAAUGAGAAUUCAGUAUUUCGGCAGUGAAAAAUGCCGUGUCUGUCCACAGAGAGCUGGACUGAGGUGCAGGUGGGCUGUCGUAUGAAAUAGGAGAAGGACUUGGUGGUCACACACACCCAAUUCAGUUGUUACACACACACUGUCGAUCGGAGUGGCGAGACGCAGAUGCGCACUCCACGGACACCCAACUCGGCACUUAACUUUUUCUCUGUGCUUGGAUCUAUUAAACAUAUUUUCUCUUCAAUGAGCUUGUGAACAAACGGAGGAUAGAUGUUAUUUUGUGGGCUAAUAUAUUUUUCCAAAUAGCCUCAAAGGACCAGGGUUGAAAUAAGGAUACCCAACUGUGUUUGAGACACCUGCGUUGAUUAGCCUCGCUUGGGAUUUCUCAAAUAUGGAUUAUGUGCGUAAUGUGGCUCAAAUAACAGAGAAUGGAUAUUGCUUGUCAGUAAGGAUUUAAUAUUGAAUCGCCCAGUAGAGGACUGAGGAGAGGGGCAGCCGCAGCCUGACGAUGCCGGACGCGUCUCGGGACGUGUCGGUGUAUUCCUCUCCAGCAGUGGCGGCGAACGCGGAGGGAGACGAGAUAGAAGUGCUGGAGAGUAUCGAUGUCCUUCCCGUGGCCCCAGAGGACUUCGACUCAGAGAGUUCAGGCUUCAUCAGUACAGAGCGGUUCAGGGACCUGCUGGCGGCCCACGGCUCGGAGCUGGACCCUCACAAGCUGGAGGUUCUAUUGGCCCUCGCUGACGGCAACGCAGACGGAAAGAUCUGCUACCAGGACUUUGUCAACCUGAUGUCCAACAAGCGCAGCAACAGCUUCCGGCGGGCCAUCCUCCAGGGAGGUCGUCAGUUGAAGGGGGCCGGGGCCCUGGGGGAGGAGGUGGGACUGGGUCUGUCCCAGAGGCUGGUGAGGCACAUCGCCUAUGAGACCCUACCCCGGGAGAUCGAUAGGAAGUGGUACUUCGACAGCUACACCUGCUGCCCACCACCCUGGCUCAUCCUGGCUAUCACCAUCGCUGAGGUGGCAGUGUUCAUGUACUAUGGCCUGCAGUUGGACCGUUGGGUGCUGCAGGUGUCCAGUCCCCACUUCCUGAGGGGCCCGCUGCCCUACCACCCCCAGCUACGGAUUCAGGCCUGGAGAUACCUCAGCUAUGCCUUCAUGCACGCAGGGAUAGAACACCUGGGUCUGAACAUGGCCAUGCAGCUGCUGGUGGGAGUCCCUCUGGAGAUGGUCCAUGGAGCGCUGAGGAUAGGACUGGUCUACGUGUGUGGUGUACUGGCAGGCUCCCUGGCCGUGUCUGUCACUGAUAUGACUGCUCCGGUGGUGGGGUCGUCUGGAGGAGUCUACGCCCUGGUCUCAGCACACCUGGCCAACGUCGUCAUGAACUGGUCGGGUAUGAAAUGUCAGUUUAAGCUGUUCCGGAUGGCCAUGGCUCUGGUCUGCAUGAGUGUGGAGUUCGGCCGUGCCGUGUGGCUGCGGUUCUACCCGCCGGCCUUCCCGCCCUGCCCCAACCCAAGCUUUGUGGCCCACCUGGGGGGUGUGAUGGUGGGGCUCACCCUGGGGGUUGUAGUCCUCCAGAACUACGAGCAGCGUCUCCAAGAGCAGUCUCUAUUCUGGAUCUUCUUCUCCGUCUACUUCCUCUUUGUCCUCUGUGCUGUCUUCUGGAACGUCUUCGCCUACAGCCUGCUGGACGUCCGGCUUCCCCCCACGCCGUGAGCUCCCCCAGCCUGUGAGGGCAAACUGAGAGGGCCAAUUACGUACCUCAGAUCCAAUGGAACAUAACUAUCUAGGUCCAAGACUUCAGAAUUUGUAUCUUCAUUUUAGAGUACUGUAUGGAACAGAGUGUGGCGGCAUCUCCUCUUAAACCCAAUGGUGCCUAUAACUGUAAGAAAGAGGAUAUUAUGACAGCUAGCUUCAAUAAAGGACAAUUUCAUAGGGUUGGAGAUUGUUAUGAUACACAUGUCUUCGAUCUGUCAUACUAUAUAUAGUACUGUUAUCUGUAAGUCUGAACUGAAGCUAUGAAAUGUUCCACUGUUGACAUGUUAUACUGUACUGAGUACAUCUGACGUGAUAUGGUUUUGUUCCAACUUCCUGAUUUUUCUUUGGUUACCUGACUGUUUAUACAUUCAACGAUGCUACAUUGUUGCCUUUCACAAUAUGUCUGGCAAGACAAAUGGCUAAAGCAGAAAGAGAUCGGUACUCAAGCUAGGUAUUUGCAGGGAGAAUUGGCUUACGUUUUUGUUGUUGCCUUUGGUCCCGUGUGGCUCAGUUGGUAGAGCAUGGUGUUUGCAACGCCAGGGUUGUGGGUUUGAUUCCCACGGGGGACCGGUACGGAGAAAGAAAAUGUAUGAAAUGUAUGCAUUCACUACUGUAAGUCGCUCUGGAUAAGAGUGUCUGCUAAAUGACUAAAAUGUAAUGUAAAUGUGUGUGCGUGUGUGCCGUUUGCAGGAGUGGACAGUAUUAUCCGGGCAACACUGACUUACAUUAUUUUGUCAUGUGCAAAUGGAAGUUGAAACAAAGAUAUAUGUGAUGUUCAAACCCUCUGUGUUCCUGACUGUUGCCAAAACCAUCCCGUAACCAAUAGCAUACAAAAGACAGAGCACUACAGAGAACAUGUACUGUUUUAUUAAUAGGGGGAUAUGUUGCCUUUUGGGAGGAGUACUGGUUGAGUUGAACAUCAGCAUUCUCCCUCUAGCACAGACUUAUUGAUAGGUAUUCAAUAUUUAACUCUGUUACAGACUGUGGAAAUGGUGCUACAUGUAAAUAGGUCCCUCUCUCCAGAGUUAGCCUUCAGUUAGUACUGUACUGUCAAUGCCCUUAAGGAGAAAGCUAAGUCAUGUUGUAUUGGAUGCUGUGUUUGCUUCAAACAGGAGAACACGUCGCAUCUCAACCAGCCAAGGCUCAAAUUAGCCUGGUCCCAGAUCUGUUUGUGCUCUUACCAACUCCAAUGCUGUCAUUGUCAAGCCACAGAUGUUUGGCAUGACAAUGAAUGAUAUGGAGUUGACAUGGUACCAGGAACAGACUGGCACCCAGGCUAGCUCAAGCGUGUACUUAAAAUUAACUUCACGUUAUGCUGCUUCACACAAAAUAAAUAAUAAGAAAGACUGUAAUUAUUAACAAAUUAAUAUUUUAACAUACAAUAGCCGGUUGUUGAUUCUUGAAUUGGUCUACAAUGUGAUGUGUAAAAUAUCCUGUGUAUUUAACAUUUGUUGAUUGUAUAUAAUAAGGUCUAUGAUACGGAACAUAGUGGUAACUGACAAUAUUUUAACAAGUGCGUAUUUUGUAGAUUUGAUAUGUAAAUACUGAAUACUGGAAUACAUUCAACUGUUUUUAUAAUGAAACGUA